UUAAAAACUCUGAAAGGCUUCAGCGCUAAAGAAAAGACCACAAAGGUCUUGUCAGAAUCAACAGUGCAAGAAAGUCAGACAGAAGAUUCUGGGACCUUCAAAGCCAAGAACUUGCAUCCAAAAGUUGAAGAACCUGCAGCCGAGCCUGAUGACUCUGCUAAAGAGAUGAGAAUCAUCACAGAAUCUGAAGAAAAACUACAAAUAGAGAUUAAAGUUGAUGCUGAGACAAAAGAAAACGAAGCUGAAACACUGGAGGUUAAGAAAACUGGAGCGGAUGAGCCUGAGGAAGUUAAAUGUUCUGCUGAGGACGGAGGACGAAACGCGACUGCUGCCCAGGUUUUAUCAGCUGAACCGCCAAACAGUCCGACGCCAACCGGUGACGAUUUCAUCCAACCAAGAGAGUCAACUCAACCACCUGAGACACAACAGAUGACUGCAGAAACGCCAGUCGACGAGCCACCGCAGGUCCAACCGAGCCCAAUGCCGAGUCCAGACUCCACGGCUCAGAAACCAGAGGCCGACGCAAAGACUGGAGACGGUUCUGGAGAAGCUGCUUUGGAGUCGGUGCAGUCGAAUGGAAACUUGGAGUCAGAAACGCACUUGAAAGAUUCUGCUACUGCAGAGACCCGGAACAGUCCAGUUUUAGAGCCUGUCGAUGGUGUGACGGCAGCUGGAACUCCUAACACCAAACCAGGCACGACAGCGACUGAAACGGCACCCAGCCAUACCCCUGCUGCUCUCACCACCCUGACUUUUGGGGAGAGAAUACAGUGGUAUUGUCAGCCGUACAAAUUCGAUUGUAUCUCGGCAAAAAGCAUUGUUUCGUCUCAACCUUUGAGGUUCGACUCGGUCUUGCUGUUAAUAACAAACCUCCCAAUGGCCAGCGUUAAGUACACGGAGACGGACAUGGCAAGUCUUCUCAGCACUUUUGGAUUCAAGUACGAGCAUGACAACAUCUACGUUAUUCCUCAGAGGCAAAUGAUAGAAAAGUAA